GCUUGCGAACCCGGAGUGGACGAGUGCGCACUCGGCCGCAGCUUGCGCGCGUCACGGUCACCGCUGCAUUCUCGCCUCCGGAGUGCGUGAGCCGCCGCUGAGCCCCGGGAGGACGCGCUGCCCUACGCUCUCCGCACGCGCGCCCCUUUCCCACCGCAACAGGUCAGGGGAGGGCGGAGGCGGUGAGGGAGCAAGGCCCCCAAGCCUGGCGGACCCAGGGUCUGGAAGAUGAAUACACUUGUCACUUUGCACUGACUGGCAGCAAUGGCAUUUACUGAAAGAGCCAACAGCAGCAGCAACAGCUUGUACAAUGAAGAUAGAAACCUGCUUCGAAUUAGAGAGAAGGAAAGACGCAAUCAGGAAGCUCACCAAGAGAAAGAGGCAUUUCCUGAAAAUAUUCCCCUUUUUGGAGAGCCCUACAAGACAGAAAAAGGUGAUGAGCUAUCCAGCCGAAUACAGAACAUGCUGGGAAACUAUGAAGAAGUAAAGGAGCUGCUUAGCACUCAGUCUCACCCUCAUCGCUUGGAUGCUUCUGCAAAUAGGUCGGGCAAGCCAAGAUACCCUUUACUUCCUGAGAAGGGGAGCAGCCUCCCACCGCACUCCUUCAGCACGAGUGUCCAUCACCAGCCUAUUAGCACUCCUGCCUCCGGACCACUGUCUGUUGGUAACAUUAGCCACAAUCCAAAGAUGGCACAGCCACGAAUGGAACCAGUGCCAAGUCUCCACGUCAAAAGCCAUGGCCCCCCAGACAGCCAGCGCCUGACCCAAGAUCGCCUUGGUCAGGAGGGGUAUGGGUCUAGUCACCACAAAAACGGCGACCGCAGAGCUGAUGGAGACCACUGUGCUGCGAUGACAGACUCAGCUCCAGAGAGGGAGCUUUGUCCCUUACUCUCCUCUUUACCGUCCCCCAUCCCCCCUUUGUCACCUAUACAUUCCAACCAGCAAACUCUUCCCAGGAUGCAAGAAAGCAACAAGGUUCACAGCAGUAACAGUAACAAUAAAGGCUACUGCCCAGCCAAAUCCCCCAAGGACCUGGCAGUGAAGGUCCGCGAGAAAGAGACGCCUCAGGACAGUUUAGUGGCGGUUGCUAGCCUUGGGGUAGCCCCUCCCCAGCCACCUUCUCAGACUUUCCCUCCACCCUCGCUCCCCUCAAAAAGCAUUGCAAUGCAGCAGAAGCCCACGGCUUAUGUCCGGCCCAUGGAUGGUCAAGAUCAGGCUCCGAGUGAGUCUCCUGAACUGAAACCACUGCCGGAGGCCUACCGGCAACAGACCUUUGAAAAAACCGACUUAAAAGUGCCUGCCAAAGCUAAGCUCACCAAGCUGAAAAUGCCUUCUCAGUCAGUUGAGCAGACCUACUCCAAUGAAGUGCAUUGUGUUGAAGAGAUUCUGAAGGAAAUGACCCAUUCAUGGCCUCCUCCUUUGACAGCAAUACACACGCCUAGUACAGCUGAGCCCUCCAAAUUUCCUUUUCCCACAAAGGUAAUUCCUUACAAGCAUAGCAGGCACUGCGUCCACAGUGAGAAGUCUGAGACAGAACAAUAUGAUACAUCUUCAAAAACGCACCCUAAUUCGCAGCAGGGAACAUCCAUGCUUGAAGAUGACCUUCAGCUUAGUGACAGCGAGGACAGUGAGAGCGAGCAAACCCCAGAGAAGCCUCCUUCCACAUCUGCACCUCCAAGCGCUCCACAGUCGCUUCCAGAAGCAGCGGCCUCAGCACAUUCCAGUGGUGCCGAGUCAGAGAGCACCAGUGACUCAGACAGCUCCUCGGACUCGGAGAGCGAGAGCAGCUCAAGUGACAGCGACGAGAAUGAGCCCCGUGAAACUGCGGCUCCUGAGCCCGAGCCUCCUACAACAAAUAAAUGGCAGCUGGACAACUGGCUGACCAAAGUCAGCCAGCCAGCCGUGCCACCAGAGGCCCUGGGGAGCGCAGAACCCCCACCUCGGCACCCGGACGGGAAGGGCAAGGGUGGUGACAGUGGCACCACUAGUCACGAGCAUUCGGAAUCCAAAGAUCCUCCCCCCAAAAGCUCCAGCAAAGCCCCCCGGGUCCCUCCUGAAGGCCCCCACUCUGGCAAAAGGAGCUGUCAGAAGUCCCCUGCCCAACAGGAGCCACCGCAGAGGCAAACCACUGGAACCAAACAACCCAAAAAACCCAUCAAGGCCCCUGCGCCGGCAGACGCUCGGGCCAGCUUGCAGGUGGAGAGUGAGCUAGGACUUCCCCACAGCUCCAAGGACCAGCCUUCCAAAGACAAGCCCAAGGUGAAGACGAAAGGGAGGCCCCGUGCUGGAGACGCCAGAGAGCCCAAGCCAGCGGUGCCCACCCCCGGCGAGAGAAAGAAGCACAGGGUCGCACCCCCGGCCCCCUCAAAGGUGCUCUCGGGCCCGGAGCCCACGAAGGACAAUGUGGAGAACAGGAGCCCUGAGCAUUUUGCCCUCCUUCCCCUGACUCAGAGCCAGGGCCCCCUGCGCAGCGGUGACAGUGGUGGCAGGACUAGUGGCUGUCGCCGCGCUGUGGUGGUUCAGGAGGACCGCCGGAAGGACAAACUGCCGGUGCCUUCGAGAGACACCAAGCUGCUCUCCCCGCUCAGGGACACGCCUCCCCCACAAAGCUUGAUGGUGAAGAUAACCCUCGACCUCCUCUCGUGGGUUCCCCAGCCGCCUGGGAAGGGAAGCCACCAGAAGAAACCGGAAGACAAACAGCCACCGGCUGGGAAGAAGCUGGAUUCGGAGAAGGAAAAGAGAAACUCAGACAACUCAAGCAAGUCCAAAAAGAGGAAGGGUGAAGCAGAAAGAGACCACGAUGGCAAGAAAGUCAGACUGGAGAAAGAAAUCAAAUCACAGCCAUCAUCUUCGUCCUCGCACAAAGAAUCUUCUAAAGCAAAAAUACCUAGGCCCUCCUCUGAGCCCUCAAAGAAGGAUAUGCUUCCGCCCACACACGUGUCGUCCUCAUCCUCAUCUUCCCAGAAGCCAGCCAAGCCUACACAAAAGAGGCCAAAGCGGGAAGCACACCCCUGUGGCCAGGACCCUCCCAAAAGUGCCAGCAGUACCAAGGGCAACCACAAGGACUCUCCCAUCCCCAAGCGCAGAAAAGCGGAGGGGAAGGGUUCUGGGAGCUCUUCAGAACACAAAGGACCUUCUGGAGAUACUGCAAAUCCUUUUCCAGUGCCUUCUUUGCCAAAUGGCAACUCGAAACCAGGGAAGCCUCAAGCGAAGUUUGACAAACAAACAGAUCUUCACAUGAAGGAGGUGAAAAAGUUGAAGCAAAAAGCAGAGUUAAUGACGGACAAGGUUGGGAAGGCUUCUAAGUACUUGGAAGCUGCCUUGACCCUCAUUGAGUGUGGGAUUGCCAUGGAGUCGGAAAGCCCGGCAUCCAAGUCGGCUUACUCGAUGUACUCUGAAGCUGAAGUCCUCGUUAAAUUCAUAAUGUCACUGAAAUCCUUCUCAGACUCCACAGCAUCAACACAAGAGAAAAUACUUGCUGUUUUAUGCAUGCGUUGCCAGUCCAUUUUGAACAUGGCGAUGUUUCGUUGUAAAAAAGAUAGAGCAAUAAAGUAUUCUCGUACUCUUAAUGAACACUUCCAGAGUUCUUCCAAAGUUGCCCGGGCACCUUCUCCAUGCAUUGCAAGAAGCACAGGCACACCAUCCCCUCGCUCUCCAAUGCCUUCUGCUGCCAGCUCCACAGGAUCCCAGUCCAGCGCUGGCAGUGUGGGGAGCAGUGGGAUGCCUGCCACCAUCCAAAAUAUGACAUCCUCCUAUAUCACUAUCACUUCCCACAUCCUUACCGCCUUUGAUCUUUGGGAACAGGCUGAGGUCCUUACAAGGAAGAAUAAAGAGUUUUUUGCUCAGCUCAGCACAAGUGUGUGCACCUUGGCCCUCAACAGCAGUUUAACGGAUCUGGUGUACUACACAAGACAGGGUUUUCAGUGGCUAAAACAAGGAACCAAAACACCUUAAUGGAGCCCCAAGUUGACUUGAUGCCUUGGGAACUUUUUUGCACAUUGGAAGCCUCAAAAACAGUCCAGACAUCUGUCUCAUCAGGACACCUAACUUGAGAAGCACCAUGAGAUGGCCAGGACAUUGGUCCACCUAAACUCUCUCAAGAACCAUGUGAUCAUUGGUUGGGCACGAUGGCCAUGCAGAAGCAGACACGAGGAGGCUGGCUUCAGAGAUUGAUCUUGCCUUUCCUAACUAAAGGACAGAAGUGCAAUGUAGCCUAAGAGGGGGGUGUGAAUGGUCUAGAAACAUUUCCGUAUUUUUUCAAACCAGCAGGAUGCAAGUCACAAAUGAAAUGAAAGAGAAGCAAUUUCAACUCUGAAAGCAAAUUCACGUCAUCCCAGUAGCCACACUAAUCCAUUCCCAGAAGGCAAUAUUUUUAACAAUGAAUUUUGGUGUAGGGUUAUGUGGAUGAUUUUUUUUUUCUUUUAAGUUUUUUGGGGAUGUAUUUGUUCAGUAGAUUCUAACAGUCAUCCAUAAAACAUAAAUUGUGAAGGAUUCCACUGUACCCCACUUUUCUGCCAGUGAACAGUGGCUUUGAUAAUACCAAGUAUUGUCAUAAUUUAUAGAAUCGAGGGCAACCCUCCAUUGCCUGGAGUACUGCAUGUUCACCCCAGCCCUGAUUUCUUCAUUACUGUGCUGAAAGGCAGCCCGAGUCCGAGCAGCACAUGGGGAUGCCAUUGGAGGACGCGGCGCUGCCGUUCCCAUCCCCUUCUUCAGGAAAAGGCAGUCGCCAUUGACUGGAUUCUGGAUUUUCUACCUUGGGGAAGAAGGGAACCAACAUUUAUACAUGACCAGUUGGCUAAAGGGCUUUUUAAUUUUUGUUCAAGUAGAGCUGGAAUUCGAGGUGCUGAUCUGUGGUCUAGUUAUGUGGUAACUCAUGUUGUCUAACCAACUCAGAAUUUUGUCAUUGAACAAAGAAAAAUGGAAUCUACUUCUUAGAGAGGCUAUAUUUUUCUGCUACAAAUUAUUUUAUAUUUAUAGCAAAACUAGAUUUUUCAGAGCCCUUAAUUGUCUAGGGGAAAUGAAUUCCCUGAGAGGAUGUGGAGAUUGAGUGGUGAAUUAGAUUUAAAAAAAAAAAUCAUCACCACAUGCCUUCACUCUAGAGUGUUCUCAGUCAACUAGAUUUGAUAGGUUGAAGAGGAACUGUGGCCUUCCCAUAUAUCGUUAUUGCCAUAUUAUGUACAUUAAACAGAUCAUUUUGAAUGACCUAAAAUGAAAGAACACAUCAGAAUUCCCACAUAUCCAUAAGCACAGAUUUUCUUUUUCAUUGACACUUUGAAGUUUAUUAUUGGAAGCAUUAUUUUGAGGGCAUUGAUUUUAAAAGCCAAUUCUUUUUAUUCCUUUUAGAAGUAGAGUUUGCACACAUUAAAAUUGAGGAGUAUUAUCUCUACAAUUGGUUUAUUUUUCUUCCUUCCCCCUGUUCUGCCCCUCUCUAUGUUGUUUGCUACCAAGCAUGUUUGACAUUUUCCUAUUUAUUUAUUAGUGAAGAAGGGAAUACCAUCUUUAUUUAUAAUGAAGAAGUCUGAGGUCCAUAUGAUGAAUGUAAGAACUUUCUUGGGAAUUUGGCAAAUAUAUAAAGGGAUGUGUAGAAGAUGGGAGUGAUGCUUCUUUUUUACAGUAUGAACUGUCUGAAGUUGUUCCUUCAGCAUCUUAUCAGCCAGUUCUUUUGUCAUCACUGGCUGGAGCAGAGGUUUGUUACCUCAUAUUUAGGUUAAAGCCAGAGAAUUACAGCAGGUAGUAAUAUCUGAGCACAAAAAAUUCAUGUUGGAAGUUUUGAUAUUUUCAGAUAGCUUGAUGGACCAAUUUUAUGUAUUGACAUUCUAAAGCAAAGUCAUGGUCCUUUUUCAGUUACUCAUUUAAAAAGCAACCUGUUGUUAAGUGAACAGCAAUUGCCUGGUAGAUUGUAUGCUUGUGGCAUUAUGUGUCCGUCUCGUAUGUGUAGGAGAUAAGACACCACAAUCAGGCUGAUGUAGUUAUUCAGCAUUGUUUUUCUUUUCUUUUCUCUUGGCCAUUUUUUCCCUCUUGACCCUGUUACUCCCCGGUAUAAACCACUUGUUAAUGUGGAAGAAUGUGUUCUUUGGGACAGGUUCUGAGCUGUGCAGAUUGUGCUGGGGUUGGAGUGUGUGUCCUGUCAGCAAGCCACAGUGCUCCCUCGACUGAGGACAUUUCCAACUCGAUCUCAGCCGAUGCUAAAAGAAGCGAUUGCUUUUUCAGUGGCCUUUUUUUUUCCCCCUGAACUUUAUAUUAAAAUUUUAUUUAUACCUUGAAAAACUAAUGAAUUUGCAGAGAUCGGUUUGUACUAUUUUGAUCAAGGACUAUUUCUGAUUCUUACUGCAACUUGUGUUGUACCUAGAAGAGAAUUCCUAAUGCCUACUUUUUAAAUAGAGUGUGAAAAGGCAGUGGCUGGUGAAUCCUUAUUGUUCAUAAGCUCUUUUUGCUGUUACAGUUGUAUAUAGAAAUCAAAAGGGUUUUAAAUAAUUUGCACUUUUUCACUGCAUGCUUAAAAUCCCAAACGCAAAAUUUGUACUGAGGUAGAUAAUUGAAAGGACUAGAAUAUAAAUUACCUUUGAAUAUGUUAAGUUUUUAUAACAGUAAUAGUACACACUUCACAGUGAGACAAAUACAAAACAUUCUGUAAAAAUGGAGUGUAAAAUCUUGCCUUUGGCACUACAGUUUCGGGUGUGUCUGUGGGUGUGUCUGUGUGUCUUUACUAGGAAAUGGAAGGACACUGUUUUACUUUAAAAAAUGUUGAAUGUUUCUAUCCUUUCUCGAGAUAAUUAAAAUGUGAAUCCCUGAACUUGAGAUUUUAGCCAGACUAAGGGCCCUGGUAAACGAAGAAAAAUACUUUACUGGAAUUUAUCAAAUUCCACUGGGUUAAGAACGUGGAAACAUAGGCCACAUACGAGCUGUGGUGGAGAGUUGGAGGGUCCAGUAGGCAUAUUAUCAGGACUAGAACUACCAUACAAUGACGUAUCUGAUAUUAUGACUUAAUCACAACACCAAAUGCAGAAAAUAUCGGAUCUCUUUGAACAAAAGAACCUUUAUUUUAUAGAUCUGUUUUGACCAAAAUAUAUUCUCUAUUUCCCUUAGACAAAUUGGAUCACACUUAUCUCCCUUGCUCUAUAUCCUUUGAUUCCAGAUCUCAGGAUGUUUAGAAGCUAAAAGAAACUACCCCUUUCUGGCUAAAAACUUGCCUUAAUUGGUACUUUAAAUGUUAAUGUUACUAAGAUCCGGAGUUUACUAUUUUGAUUCCUGUUCAGUAAGUUUUAGCAGUAGAAAGAAACCAUUGUGCCCUCCAAAAUGAACACAACUUUUAGCUCUGAGAUAUGGAAGGAGACGUGUGUAUGUGUNGU